CGCACCUGGCGAAUGGUCACUGUGCACAUUGCAACGUGGGGUCACACACAUGGCAGUGUCGCUGAUAGAAUUGGUGGAGACUCCUGGCGAUGCGCUCUUGCUCGCGCUCAUGGCGUGCUUAGCGACCUCGAUCGUCGCGUCGAACAUGAUUCUAAUCGCGGCCUUCGUGAACUCGAGAGCGCUCUUGAAACAAAACAACUACCUCUACACCCUGAGCCUCGCCGUUAGCGAUUUUCUCGUCGGUGCCGGAUUCUUUUACAACGGCCUCUACGACGUCAAGGAUGAGUUUGGUCCUGCAUACAGCCCGCCAAUUGUAAUUCCGGUCAUUCACGGUGUAUCCCUGCUGACCCUGCUCGCUUCCAUGCUGGACAGGUAUUACGCCGUGCAUUCGCCUUUUAAGUACGUGGAAAAAAUGACUCGAAGGAAAACCAUGCUAAUCAUCGGUUUCACUUGGCUCGUGCCACUUGUAACGUUACUCAUGAACUCGAACAUGUCAUCGUCUUCGAAGUUCGCUUACAAAGCCUACUCAACCACCGUUGUCAGCAUAUUCCUCCUCGUGGUCAUGGUGGUGAUAAACACCCGAAUCUACAUAACCACCAGACGCCAGCAAAGUCGCGAGCCUGGAGCAGAAUCCAAGGCGCGUGCGGCUCAUCUCGUCAUCAUCGCGUCCACAAUGUUCAUUAUUCUCUGGAUGCCCAGCCUAAUCGGCAUGGCAAUAUGCGCAGGAUUUGACAUGUGCAUAUCAGCGCCCUACAAUGCCAAAAACCCGCUCAACACCUUGCGGAUCCUGAACACCCUGAGCACGCCCGUCAUCUUUCUGAUUGGAAGCACAUUGACCAGAGCGUCUCUGAAGGAACUGGCUCUACGUCUGCGUUGCAAAAGGUUACUUUCGUAGUUAUCGUCUGACUAUUAACCUCUCUGACUUUAAACUUGUUUUCCUUCCCCCACGUUAAACACCGUUACACACACAUGCAUCCCAUGUAACUUUGCAGUGUUUAGAACUCCGUUCUGCUUGUAUACUGCGGCCUGUUUUGAUUUAAAAGGUGCUGUACAUGCUCGUAACCAUAAUUCUCCGCAACGACACGGAAUGCAUGUGUGUGCAAUAAUUGCUAUUUGCGUUUAACAGGGCCGGACCCAUUGUUGAAAUGGAGUGCUUUUGCCAACAGAAUGUGGCAACUAAGCAGCAUUUUUUUUAACAAGCCUUAAUCUA